UGCACGUUAGCAGUACAAGGCUGUGUGUGGAAUAAUGGACAGGGGCCCAGCUGUGUACACUACACGGUGCAGUGCACAUGUGCACGAAUUUAUUUUGCUAUGAGCGUUUCAUCGUUGUAGGUUGGGCAUUGAAUACUGUAUUACUACUCUCAUAAUUCCAUAUGGAAUCUCCUGAGGAAAUAGCUGUUGAAAAUGCAAAAGAUUGUUCCAAUUGGGAAGAGUUAAAGGCUCAAACUAAUCUAGGAGCUGAGGGAGGCAAGGAGUACAACCUUUCUCAAGACAACGAGCUCAGAUUUGAAGUAGAAAACAAUGAAAUUGUGCAAAUGGAGAUCAAAGAAGGUCUUGCAGAAGUGUUUGGCUCGGAGCUGAUGAAGAAUAGAAUUUAUAAGUUUGCAUCCGGUUCUAAAAUAGCAGUAUUCACAUGGCAGGGAUGCAAGAUUCUACUCCGAGGGAAGACAGAGGUAGCGUACGUUUCCAAAGAGACACCCAUGAUGGUGUAUCUCAACACACAUGCAGCUCUAGAACAAAUGAGACAACAGGCUGAACUGGAGGCUACUAGAGGACCUAAGGUGAUGGUUGUAGGACCUGGAGACGUGGGGAAGAGCACAGUAUGCAGAUUAUUGUUAAACUAUGCAGUCAGGGUCGGUAGGAGACCUACUUUCAUUGAAUUAGAUGUCGGUCAGGGUUCUGUGUCUGUGCCUGGUACUGUAGGAGCAUUGCUGGUAGAGAGACCGGCCGAUGUAGAACAAGGCUUUGCCCUCACUGCUCCGUUAGUCUAUCACUUUGGGGCUACCUCACCCGGCGCUAAUAUGAAGCUCUAUGAGAUCCUCACAGCCAAGCUCGCAGAGGUCUUUGCAAUGCGAUGCAAAACAUAUUCAAGAAUUGCUCAGAGUGGGUGUGUCAUCAAUACAUGUGGUUGGAUCAAAGGUGAAGGCUACCAGUCUCUCAAAUAUGCAGCUCAGGCCUUUGAAGUUGAUGUGAUCAUCGUGCUAGACCAGGAGAGGUUAUACAAUGAGUUGGUCCGAGACAUGCCUUCAUUCGUAAAAAUCGUUCUACAAUCCAAAUCUGGUGGGGUGGUAGAGAGAUCUCAGGGUUUCAGGCGAUUUACAAGAGAUGAGAAAGUUCGAGAGUACUUCUACGGCUUUAACUGCUGUUACUAUCCUCACUCCUUCGAGGUCAAAUUUGUUGAUGUAGAAAUCUACAAGGUCGGAGCUCCUCCUGUACCUAACUCUUGCCUACCUCUCGGGAUGACUCCUGAAGACAACCAAACUAAACUAGUUCCAGUCAAUCCAGGUCCAGAAAUUGUUCAUCAUCUACUUAGUGUAAGUCUAGCUGAUACCAAAGAGGACGACCUUCUAUCUACCAAUGUAGCUGGUUUCAUUGUUAUCACCAAUGUGGACAUGGAGAGGAAAACAUUCACAGUGCUUUCACCUGCUCCGAGACCAUUACCACGGCGAUACCUUCUCCUUAGUGACGUACGAUUCAUGGACAUCAAAUGAAGCAGAAUAAUUUAUGGACAAACAUCAAGAAUUCACAUGAUUCUAUUGCCAUGGAUCGUGCAAAAUGGACAAUCUUCAUUCAAUUUUUUAUUUCAUUGUGCCCUUUGUUGUGUGCAAAUAACUGGAGGUUUUGUUGGAAGUCCCUUGCCUUAUUUUCAUAAUGUCAAUGAUUUUAAUAUUCACAAUUUUAUACUCAGUCCUUUCGUAUGUUUAUAAAAGAUGGUGUAGUUACAUGUUAUAUGUAUUUCUCAUAGAUUGGAACCCAAAGGCCCUAAUUCACAAAGGAGGUUUAGAUUUAUUUAACCCAUGGUUUAAACGCUCAUUUACAUAAACCAUGGUUUAAAAAUUAGUGCAAAAUAAGCAUACCUUGCUUUGCGC